AUGUCUAUGCAGGGUCCCCAGAGGAGGCUGCUGGGCUCCUUCAACUGCACCCCCCCAGCCACCCCUUACCUGAGGCUGGCUGCCAACCAGACGGGGCCCCGGUGCCUGGAGGUGUCCAUUCCUGACGGGCUCUUCCUCAGCCUGGGGCUGGUGAGCGUGGUGGAGAACGUGCUGGUGGUGGCCGCCAUUGCCAAGAACCGCAACCUGCACUCGCCCAUGUAUUACUUCAUCUGCUGCCUGGCUGUGUCCGACCUGCUGGUGAGCGUGAGCAAUGUGCUGGAGACGGCGGUCAUGCUGCUGCUGGAGGCCGGCGCCCUGGACACCCGGGCGGCCGUGGUGCAGCAGCUGGACGACGUCAUUGACGUGCUCGUCUGUGGUGCGAUGGUGUCCAGUCUCUGCUUCCUGGGCGCCAUCGCCGUGGACCGCUACAUCUCCAUCUUCUACGCACUGCGGUAUCACAGCAUCGUCACACUGCCCCGCGCGUGCUGGGCCAUCUCCGCGAUCUGGGUGGCGAGCGUCCUCUCCAGCAUGCUCUUCAUUGCCUACUACAACCACGCAGCCGUGCUGCUUUGUCUCGUCGGCUUCUUUGUAGCCAUGCUGGUGCUCAUGGCGGUGCUGUAUGUCCACAUGCUCGCCCGGGCCUGCCAGCACGCCCGAGGCAUUGCCCGGCUCCAUAAGAGGCAGCGCCCUGCCCACCAGGGCUUCGGCCUCAAGGGCGCCGCCACGCUCACCAUCCUGCUGGGCAUUUUCUUUCUCUGCUGGGGCCCCUUCUUCCUGCACCUCUCACUCAUGGUCCUGUGCCCUCAACACCCCGCCUGUGGCUGCGUCUUCAAGAACUUCAACCUCUUCCUCACCCUCAUCAUCUGCAACUCCAUCGUUGACCCCCUCAUCUACGCCUUCCGCAGCCAGGAGCUCCGAAAGACCCUCCAAGAGGUAGUGCUGUGCUCCUGCCAGUCCCCACCCAUGCUGGCAGCUUCAGCCCAGACUGCUAGCCUCAAGGGCAGGAGCUGGUUCCCGGCAGGGCUAGCCUUUGCAGGGGGACAGGGCGACCCUGGUGGCGGCGGGCGGAGGCGGCGGGCGGAGGCGGCGCGUCGCGCGGCCGAGCGGGGAUGCGCGGUGCUGAUGCUGCAGGGCCGGUGCUGCAUUCUGCGGCGGCGCCCCCCGAUUGGCCGCGCGCGCCGCCCGUCGCACGCACCGAGCAUGAGGGAGAUCGUGCACAUCCAGGCCGGCCAGUGCGGCAACCAGAUCGGGGCCAAGUUCUGGGAGGUCAUCAGUGACGAGCACGGUAUAGACCCCAGUGGCAACUAUGUGGGGGACUCAGACCUGCAGCUGGAGCGCAUCAGCGUCUACUACAACGAGGCCUCUUCUCAUAAGUAUGUGCCUCGGGCCAUUCUGGUGGACCUUGAGCCCGGAACCAUGGACAGCGUCCGAUCUGGGGCCUUUGGGCACCUUUUCAGGCCUGACAACUUCAUCUUCGGUCAGAGCGGGGCCGGCAACAACUGGGCCAAGGGUCACUAUACAGAGGGUGCUGAGCUGGUGGACUCCGUCCUGGACGUGGUGCGGAAGGAGUGUGAGAAUUGCGACUGCCUGCAGGGCUUCCAGCUGACCCACUCUCUCGGCGGGGGCACGGGCUCGGGCAUGGGCACGCUGCUCAUUAGCAAGGUGCGUGAGGAGUACCCUGACCGCAUCAUGAACACCUUCAGCGUGGUGCCCUCGCCCAAGGUGUCGGACACGGUGGUGGAGCCCUACAACGCCACACUGUCCAUCCACCAGCUGGUGGAGAACACGGACGAGACCUACUGCAUCGACAACGAGGCCCUGUACGACAUCUGCUUCCGCACGCUCAAGCUGGCCACUCCCACCUACGGAGACCUCAACCACCUGGUGUCGGCCACCAUGAGCGGCGUCACCACUUCCCUCCGCUUCCCAGGCCAGCUCAACGCCGACCUGCGCAAGCUGGCCGUGAACAUGGUGCCCUUCCCGCGCCUGCACUUCUUCAUGCCUGGCUUCGCGCCGCUCACCGCCAGGGGCAGCCAGCAGUACCGCGCACUCACGGUGCCCGAGCUCACCCAGCAGAUGUUCGAUGCCAAGAACAUGAUGGCCGCCUGCGACCCGCGCCACGGCCGCUACCUGACGGUGGCCACCGUGUUCCGUGGGCGCAUGUCCAUGAAGGAGGUGGACGAGCAGAUGCUGGCCAUCCAGAGCAAGAACAGCAGCUACUUCGUGGAGUGGAUCCCCAACAACGUGAAGGUGGCCGUGUGCGACAUCCCACCCCGGGGGCUCAAGAUGUCCUCCACCUUCAUCGGCAACAGCACGGCCAUCCAGGAGCUGUUCAAGCGCAUCUCGGAGCAGUUCACCGCCAUGUUCCGGCGCAAGGCCUUCCUCCACUGGUACACGGGCGAGGGCAUGGACGAGAUGGAGUUCACCGAGGCCGAGAGCAACAUGAACGACCUGGUGUCUGAGUACCAGCAGUACCAGGACGCCACGGCCGAGGAGGAGGGCGAGAUGUAUGAAGACGAUGAGGAGGAGUCCGAGGCUCAGGGCCCCAAAUGA